UACGUCGAGGAAAAUUUCCGGCCACGUUUACAAUUCUGUUUACAACCGAAUUCAUAUAGUAGUGGUACUGGUACCGUUGCAGAAGUAAAGCUGAAAAAGGGAGGACUGAAGAAUUCAAUCGACAAAACAAUGGAAAAUCGAGAAGAUUUGAGAUCAAUUCUUCCGUUUCUCCCUCUGAAACUAAAUUCAUCCACCCUUUCCUGGCCAAACCAAGUAAUCGAAGCUCUAAAAUCGCUCUCUAAAGGACCGAGUCACAGCCGAGUCGAUUCAGGAGAAGUCCUCUUUCUCGCCAUUUCUGAUCUCAGAAACUCUCUUUCUCUCUCCUCUCAUCCCUUCGCUAACUCCGCCGCCGACGGAUACGCCCUCUUCUUCGAUGAGUUUUUGUCUAGGGCUGAAGCAGCGAAAUGGUUUGGGGAAGUUGUUCCACUGAUGGCUAAUUUGUUACUGAGGUUUCCCGCUUUUCUAGAAUCUCAUUAUCAAUAUGCAGACUUAAUCAUGGUUGGGGUUGAUACUGGUCUUCGCUUGUUGGAACCACAACAACCAGGCAUUGUUUUCCUCAGUCAGGAGCUUAUUGCCGCUCUGCUGUCAUGUUCCUUCUUUUGCUUGUUUCCAACUGCUAAUAGAGUCACCAAUCAUCUACCAGUGAUCAACUUUGAUCGCUUAUUUGCGAGUUUGUAUGAAAAGUACCAUGAAAAUCUCGAGCACAAAAUCAAGUGCAUUGUACAUUAUUUUGAGAGGAUACAUUCAAGUGUACCGGUGGGAUAUGUUUCAUUUGAAAGGAAAGUUCUUGUUCUGGAGAACAAUGCGCCUCUUGUUACUUAUCCCACUGCUAAUUUAUGGGCUAAAUCUGUAGUUCCUCUCUGCCUGUUUGAGGUUUGCUCUUCAGGCUUGAUAGAGGACCAGCUUAGAGGGGCUCUGGAAGUUGAUUUUGCUAACAAGUAUCUGGGUGGUGGUGCUCUGUCUAGGGGUUGUGUUCAGGAGGAAAUUCGUUUUAUGAUCAAUCCUGAACUGAUUGCUGGCAUGCUUUUUUUGCCUUCCAUGUCAGACAAUGAGGCGAUAGAAACUGUUGGUGCAGAACGAUUCUCAAAUUACUCAGGGUAUGCCUCUACAUUUCGUUAUGCUGGCAACCAUGUGGACAUAAGAGAAAUAGAUUCUUUUGGAAGGCGUAAGACAAUAAUUGUUGCAAUAGAUGCACUGCGCAGUCCAGGAUUGCGACAAUACAGAGUUGACUCUCUCUUAAGGGAGGUUAACAAAGCAUUUUGUGGCUUUCUGGAUCAACUAAACUAUCAGCAGUAUCAGAUGCUGUUGCAAUACUGUGACUCUUGCGUAGUUCGAGGUGGUAAUGAUCCUAUGGAUGCCGACGUAUCUGAUAUCCAAGCAACAUUAGUUGAGGACAGUGGGAUGUCUCCAGACAAUAACGAAGCAAAAGCAACUCAAAAUGUUACUAGUCAGAUGCAAGUGCAUCAUAGUGAUGUUGGAAUUGCUACUGGAAACUGGGGUUGUGGUGCUUUUGGUGGAGAUCCUGAACUUAAGUCAGUGAUACAAUGGCUAGCUGCAUCUCAGGCUCUAAGACCUUUCAUUUUGCAUUACACAUUUGGAAUAGAGGAAUUGCAAAAUUUGGAUCAGGUAUGCAAAUGGAUUAUGUCACAUAACUGGACUGUGGGAGACCUGUGGAACAUGUUGGUCGACUAUUCUUCCAAACGUGCAAAGGGAGAAACAAAUCUCGGUUUCUUUUCUUGGCUGCUGCCAUGUUGAAUCGAUGCUAAAUCAGUUUCUUGUCAUGUAACAUUCUCAUGUCAUUUGUUUUGUUGCAGAUAUUUCCCUACUUGUAAAUAGAACCACAGUUCAAAUUUCUUGUUAUUUGUUUGCAGUUAUUGCUUGAUUCACUUUCAGAAAACUCUUUUUUAGUUGAGAUUGAGCAUCUAGGGAUUAAUCUAUUCAA